ACUUGGAAAAGGACUUUUCUCAUUACCUCGAGGGAUUGAGAUGGCCAUGCUGACGGACUGCAUAUAUAAAGGAGAACAGCAUGAAUAUGCUUAUGCUCAACUGUGGACGCAAAGCGAGCGGACCUGUGACAUUUAAUUGCAACCUUUACGCAAAGGCGCUCUUCUGGACUUCUGCCUCCUCAAGUGGAUAGCUUAACUAGAAAAGAUUGGGAUAUUUUAAAAAUAAAUAAAUCAUAAGUCAACGUAUACAACUUUACACUUUUACACUUAUUUAUGUGUGUGUUUGAGUUAAUAUUAAUUGUUUUUACAGUGCGCAAAUUAUGUGUCUGUUAGUAUAAAAACACCUGUCUUGGACUUUCAAGAAGCUCCCUAGUGAUGAUUUGAUGAUUUUUCCCCUGAUCUUUUUCAUCCCGAUGCUCGCCCUAAUCGCUGUCAUGGAAUCGUUUGGGUCUUCGGUCACCGAGUCUAUCGACAUCACCACACCGGACGAUCCGUUCUCUGGUCCCCUCAAGUCUAUUGCGCCCUGGAAUUACACUUUCCUCGCCUGUCUGAUGUUCAUAGUGACUUCACUGUCUAUAACAGAGAACUUCACCGUUAUGCUUGUGACGUUUAGAUUCAAACAAUUAAGAAAACCGUUGAAUUACAUCAUAGUUAAUUUAUCUGUUGCUGAUUUUCUAGUUUCACUGACAGGAGGCACUAUAAGUUUUCUAACUAACGCACGAGGUUACUUCUUCCUGGGCGUCUGGGCGUGUGUGCUGGAGGGAUUCGCUGUCACUUUUUUCGGGAUUGUGGCUUUGUGGUCUUUAGCAAUCUUGGCAUUUGAGCGUUAUUUUGUGAUCUGCCGUCCUCUGAAAAAUGUCCGGCUGGGAGUCAAGCACGCAGCUAUGGGUCUUGUUUUCGUUUGGACCUUCUCCUUCAUCUGGACAAUCCCACCAGUUUUUGGCUGGAACAGUUAUACAGUCAGCAAAAUUGGUACCACCUGUGAACCCAACUGGUACUCAACUGAUUACUACGACCACACCUACAUCAUCACCUUUUUCGUUACAUGUUUUAUCAUUCCUCUGGGCGUGAUCAUUAUCUCCUAUGGCAAACUUAUGCAGAAACUCAGAAAGGUGUCGAACACUCAUGGAAGGCUGGGUAGUGCGCGUAAACCUGACCGAGAGGUGGCGAGGAUGGUCAUUGUAAUGAUAGUUGCGUUCAUGGUUGGAUGGACACCAUAUGCAGCAUUCUCAAUUACUGUCACAGCCUGUCCCACAAUUCAUAUUGAUCCUCGCCUGGGCUCAAUACCGGCCUUCUUCUCAAAGACUGCAGCUGUGUACAAUCCCAUCAUCUAUGUCUUCAUGAAUAAGCAGUUCAGGAAGUGUCUGAUCCAGAUGUUUAAAGGAAACGUCACCAAUCUGGAGUCCACCAAUCUGAACCAGACAUCAGACAAAGGGGCCAUCACCGCCACAGCAGAGAGUCACCUGGGAGAGAUGUCAACCAUUGCUGCUCGCGUGCCUAUGUCCAUGUGCAACAUGGAGAAGAGUGAGGAUGAAGAGGAAGAGUCAGAGCAAAGCGGGAAUGGAGAUCCAAAGCAGCUCCCUUUAUCAGAUAGUCGAGUGUGCUCUUUGUAGAGAAUAAAUGUAUACCUUUAAUCUAACCUGUUGUCUAACUAAAUCCUACAGUCGUUACCUCUAUUGGAAUGCAUAUGUCAGAAUGUAUUGUUUGUGUUUUCAUGCGUUCUUUGUUGUUCGUAUUUCUUUAUGUUGUGGCGAUUUGCAGUCUUGGCGUAUCUGUGUACUUGUCAGUAUUGCGAUAUUACCUUACAUAAACAUGAAGGAGGCAGGCAAUACAUUUCCAUAUUGUCCUCUGAAUGAACGCUAUUUGUUUUUCUAUCUCCUCUCACUAUAUUGCUUAUUGCACACUACUAACAGUGCGGAGGUUUUGUUUGUUUUUUUAAUGGCAGUUGAAAUGAAAGACUAUAAUUGUGCAAUAGCUUUCAGGUCAGAAUACUGACUUUCAUUUUAUAAUCAUUAAUAGUAUAUUAAAAAAUAUAUUGGUUCAAAAACCAAAGGAGAAAGUGAUAGGCUGAAUAGUACAAACAUGCUGCAGAUACCUCGUUCUUAAAGCGGCAUAAAAAAUAUAAAAAUAUAAAAUAAUCACUCAGCUCGCAAUGUUUGCUCCGACACCGGCUUUAUCUGGUUGGUCUGCUGUUUUAAAACUGACAUUGAUGAGUUGCUCUGUAUCACAAAAUCUAAGCCUGACCAAAGACGGUCAUUCUAGUGCAUGUUUACAUAAAAAAGUUGAAAAAUAAAAGCGUAUCUAUACAUCUCAGAAUCUAACACACACUGCUGUUUGAUACAUAAUUCAUUUAUUCAACUAAUGGGUCAAACAGGUUUGGCAGCGUAUCUGCUUUGCAAUAUAGUAAUAAACCAUGCAAUUAAUGUCCCUCAUCUCAUGGAAAUAACAUCCUCAUCUGACAAUUCAGUUUCUUGUUUUGACGGGUUUAAUGAAGCAAGAGUGUUUAUCAAAUUGUAGCCUAUGUACACUUUGGUAUAUGAUUGCUUGGUUGUGAGUUUGAAUGAACCGUCUUAAUGUCUUAUUAGGCCAUAAUGCUUGGUGUUUGCUCACAAUUUCUGUCCAAACUGAAUAUUGAUCUUGAUGUUUGUCUGUAGCAUGUCAAGUAAUGUUUAACUUAUGUAUUAUUUAUCAAUGUCUUGGAGUCAUUUAUAUUUGGUGUCAUAUUUCGAUUAAUAUGAUUUUUUAAAUUUAUUUUUAAAACAUGUCAAUGUUGUAGAACACUAAUAAAAC